GCCAUUCCCUAAACCCCCCACCUCUCAGAACUCUCACAACAACUCCUUUGUGCAAUAAACCUCAACACACUCUCUCUCAGUGCUCCAAAUUUCGUCAACUGCCAACUCAGGAUCGCAGAAAGUUUGUGAGAGAACACAACCUCUGUUUUAAUUGCCUAUGUCAGACCCACUUGAUAAAAGACUGCUCAAGUAAAUAUACUUGCUCCCAUUGUCAAGAACGGCAUCACUCAAUGCUUCAUGAAGACACGCCCCCCAUGCCUCCAAGACAGCAGUCUCGAACUCAAAGAACGACAUCUCAGGUCGCUUUGACGACGCCCGCUAAUUCCAACCCACAAAGUCCAGCUGGGUCGGCAACAAAUCAUGAGGAGCCUUCAUGCUCAAACAGAGCAAGAGUACAGUCCUUCUACUCGGAAAAUGAGAGCAAGAUUCUCCUCCCAACAGCAAUAGUUCCAGUUGAGCACAAGGGCGAGAUCUUCAAGCUCAGAGCUCUCAUAGAUCAGGGUUCGGAACGAACUUUUAUUUCCUCCAAAGCCCAAAAUAAACUAAGGCUACCAUACGAAGCUUCUAACUUUGAAAUUUCUGGCAUGGGAGGAAGAGUUGUUCAGACUUCGAACAAACUAUGCAAUCUCGUCUUAGCCUCCGCAGAUUUGACCACGAAAAUAAAGGCUCAAGCAAUAGUCCUGCCACAGUUGACGAAAAUGCUUCCCAAAUUCCAGCCAACUCUCGAACAACGAGAAAAAUGGUCUCACCUCCAGCUAGCAGAUACUAACUGCCACUCCCCGUCCCAAAUUGAUCUGGUCAUUGGCAGUGACCUCAUUCCUGAAAUAAUGCUGGAAGGCAUUGAGAAAAUUUCCAAAAAUCUGCUUGCACAAAACACCAUAUUCGGCUGGAUCUUAAGUGGUCAGGUUCCCGAAAAAAUAGCCUGUUUCUCCACUCAAGCUGCACCGAUCUCCAAUGAGGUUUUAGAUUCCCAGCUGCGAAAGUUUUGGGAGCUAGAAGAGGUUCCGAAACCCAAGCUCACUUUGCCUGAUGAUGAAAACUGUGAAAAAUUUUAUCAGUCCACCACCACACGAGCAGCGGAUGGUCGUUAUGUAGUCAGACUGCCCUUUAAGCCAAGCUUCCCAGACCCUAUCUCCCUUGGCCCGUCUCGCACCCCCGCCCUCCAACAGUGCCUGAGCAUGGAAAGAAAUUUGCUCAGAAAAGGCGAUCUAAAAUCACUUUACGAAAAUGUAUUAAACGAAUAUCUCACCCUCAACCAUAUGGAAGAAACAACUUCCCACGAGAUAUCUUCUCAAGGCAAAUAUUGGUCGUUCUACCUCCCACACCACGCGGUUAUAAAACCCGAAAAAAGAACGACCAAAGUCCGAGUCGUCUUCAAUGCUUCGAAGAAAUCGGGGUCCGGACAUUCCCUGAACGAUGUUCUUUACACCGGACCAACCCUCCAGCCCGACUUGAUGUUAUUGAUCCUCAAGUGGCGUAUGUAUCGAUUUGUCUUCAACGGCGAUGUCGAAAAAAUGUAUCGACAGAUACUGCUACACAAAGACGACCAAGACUAUCAACGAAUCGUAUUUCGACCAUCUACAAAUAGCCAAAUACAAGAUUAUAAGUUGAAAACUGUCACGUUUGGUUUGAAUUGCGCACCCUACCUCGCCAUACGUACCCUUCACCAGCUCGCAGAUGACGUGCAAACCACGUACCCCUUAGCGGUGCCCAUAUUAAACAAUGAAACGUACGUUGAUGAUAUACUUUCCGGUGGUCAUGAUCUCCCUUCAGCCGAAGAAUCCCUCGCUCAAGUCAUCCAAGCGCUCAAUUCGGCAGGCUUCCCACUUAAAAAGAUUACAGCCAACCACCCUGAAAUUUUGAAAAACAUCAACAAAGACGACCUGCUUGAUACAAACUUCCUAGAAUUUGAAACAACAAGCACCACUAAAACGCUCGGGAUUCAGUGGAACGCUCUAACCGACACGUUUUCGUACACCGUUGAUUCCAUCCCAGCGUCAUCCGCCAGUACAAAACGACAAAUCCUCUCGGCAGUUGCCAAAUUGUUUGACCCCGCAGGAUGGCUUACGCCCAUAAUGAUCCAAGCCAAAAUCCUGCUACAAGAACUAUGGCUGGACGGAACUGACUGGGAUGACCAGGUCAAGCCCCUUCGUCUGACGAAAUGGAUGCAAUUUGCAACCAAUCUCCAAGCCAUUUCUAGCAUCCAAAUAUCCCGAUGGGUAGAUUUUGUCCCAGCCGACCAAGUCGAGCUACAUGGCUUCUGCGACGCUUCCGAGAAAGCAUACUGCGCUAACAUAUAUGUGCGAACCACGAAUGGUAGCAGGACCUCUUCUCAUCUGCUGGUCUCCAAAGGCAAAGUAGCGCCUCUCCGAACCACCAGUUUACCCCGACUUGAAUUGUGCGGCGCCCUUCUCCUAGCGAAGCUGGUCGCCGUAGUGCAGUCACAACUCGACCUAUCUAAGAGGAAACUGACACUAUGGUCUGACUCCGAGAUCGUCUUGGCAUGGCUAGAAAAACCCCCUCAUUCAUGGAAGACCUUCGUUUCCAAUCGCACGGCACAAAUUUUAGAUCUCGUCGGAAACGCCACCUGGCGGCAUGUGGGCAGCAGAGACAACCCCGCAGAUCUGGGCACCAGAGGAUGCAGACCCCUGGACUUAGCGGCCUCUUCGCUUUGGUGGCAUGGACCGGAAUGGCUAUUAAGCCCACCCGAAGCCUGGCCAAAACCGGCCACCCGAAAUAUCUCCCCUCCAGAAUUGCGCCGAGUCGAGGCAUUACAUGCCACAGAGGAAGAUCACGAUAUCCUUGAUCGCUUCUCCUCGUUUCCCCGCGCACUUAGAGUUAUGGCGUAUGUUUUUAAAUUUAUACAGUGUCUUCGAGACCGAGUCAGACAGGUUAGGUCAAAUAAUCCCAUCUCUCUCUCCCAUGAUGACCUCCGUAAUAGCAAAUACAGGCUCCUAGCUUUGACCCAAUCUCGCUACUUUCCUCGGGAAAAGGCCUGUUUAGCAAACUCCAAACCCAUAGAUAAACGGAGUCCUCUGCUUCCCCUCAACCCGUCUUUAGAUAAAACCGAGUUGCUCCGCGUGAAUGGUCGAUUAGCUCACGCCACUUUGAGCUAUAAUGAAAGACAUCCCAUCAUUAUUCCCGAAAAAUCCCGGUUCGCCAUCCUAUUCACCCGCUUUCUGCACGAACUGCUCCUCCAUGCAGAAACUCGUCUCAUGCAGCAAGUCAUAAGGCAGGAAUUUUAUAUCCCUCGGCUUAAGCCCCUCAUAAAAAAAUGCAUCUUCCAAUGUAAAAGUUGCACGGUCCACAAGCAGCAAACGCGAUCGCAAAUAAUGGCGGCCCUCCCCUCGGAACGAUGCACGUAUGCUCCGCCCUUUACUAUUACGGGCGUAGAUUUUGCUGGACCUUUCCAGAUAAAGGCCUCAAUGCUAAGAUCGCACACGUUGGUGAAGGGCUAUGUGGCUGUUUUUGUAUGUUUCACUACAAAAGCAGUCCACCUCGAGCUGUGUUCCGAUCUGACCACUGCCGGAUUUCUCGCUGCGUUUGCUCGCUUCGUCGGACGACGGGGUUAUCCCGCUAAGAUGAUGAGCGACAAUGGCAAAACCUUUGUCGGGGCCAAACGAGCAACCGAAAAGGAGUUCAUCGAAUUUCUGAAGGAGGUAUCUCAAGACGUCAUCCAGAAAUACUCACCUCAAGGCAUCAACUGGGAAUUUAUUCCGCCAGGAGCCCCCCAUAUGGGCGGUUUGUGGGAGUCCGCAGUCAAAAGUUUCAAAAUGCAUCUCAAAAGGACUGCUGGACCCAGCAAAUUCACAUUUGAAGAGUUCACCACCCUGUUAGUCAGAAUAGAGGCCGUAUUAAACUCCCGGCCAAUCUCUGCUCUAUCCCAAGACCCCACAGACUUCACAGCGCUUACGCCUGGCCACUUUUUACGAGGCGCCCCCCUCUUAGCACUCCCUGAAGUCGACCACAGCCAUCUGUCCCUCCUUAAUAGGUGGGAAAAAGUGAAGGUGUUACAUCACGAGUUUAGUCGAAGGUGGAAAGAGGAUUAUAUCAAGGAUUUACAGAAGAGAUAUAGAUGGAAAAAUACCCAGGCAGAACCGAAAGUCGGUGACUGCGUUCUUAUUGUUGACAAUACUUUACCUCCCACUGAAUGGCGUCUAGGCCGCAUCGAAAGGUCACAUCCCGGCAAAGACGGACAUGUUCGAGUUGUCGAUAUACGCACUCAAUCUGGCACCCUUACUCGCCCCAUAGUCAAAAUAUGCCCGUUACCAAUUGGUGACGCCCCCCUCUGAUUUCUCCAAAGUAGCACUUGUUAAAGCCUUUAAGCACUUUCAUGAUAACAGAUUCUCUUAUCUCAAAUGAAUUUAAAUCUCUGUGUAUCUGAAUAAAAUAUUCUAAUCUCACGUUUCUUCAACUGUCUUGUAGACUCCCC